AUUAGUUUAAUACUCUUCAGCCUCAGGAGUCUCUCAGUUCCAGAUACGCAUAAAUAUUUGUUUUAAAAUCUUCACUAUAUAUUAAAAAUCGCCCACAAUCUCUUCCGCUUCUUUCGUCUUCAAAAGCUUUCUCUAAUCUCCCAACGCUACGCUCUACGUUUGCUUCCUUUACACAGCGAAAGCGAAAGCUCAGCGAGAAGGAUUUCGAUUUUUCAUUCUCUCCGAUUCAAUCGAUUUUGAUGCCGUUUAAUCAGAAUCUCACUCUGUUUCUGCUAAACAGAUGCCCUGUGAGAGCUCGGAUCCGUUAGACAAGGACUCGGAGCCUUUCGUGGAGGCGGAUCCGACCGGUAGAUACGGCCGGUACGAUGAGCUCCUGGGCUCAGGCGCCGUGAAAAAAGUCUACAGGGCCUUUGACCAAGAGGAAGGCAUAGAAGUCGCGUGGAACCAAGUCAAGCUGAGAUCUUUCUCCGACGACCCAGCAAUGAUAGAGAGGCUUUACUCGGAGGUCAGGUUGCUCAAGAGCCUGAAGAACAAUAACAUCAUCGCCUUGUACAAGGUGUGGAGGGAGGAGAAGAACAACACCUUGAACUUCAUCACCGAGAUUUGCACCUCCGGGAACCUGAGAGAGUACCGGAAGAAGCACAGGCACGUCUCUAUGAGAGCUUUGAAGAAGUGGUCGAAGCAGAUACUCAAAGGCUUGGAUUACCUCCACACACACGAGCCUUGCAUCAUCCACAGAGACCUCAACUGCAGCAAUGUUUUCGUCAAUGGAAACAUCGGCCAGGUGAAGAUUGGUGAUCUGGGUUUAGCUGCAAUCGUGGGGAAGAACCAUAUAGCUCACUCGAUCCUAGGGACACCAGAGUUCAUGGCUCCUGAGCUAUACGAGGAGAAUUACACCGAGAUGGUUGACAUUUACUCGUACGGGAUGUGCGUGUUGGAGCUAGUGUCACUCGAGAUACCAUACAGCGAAUGCGACAGCGUCGCCAAGAUAUACAAAAGGGUGAGCAAUGGAGUGAAACCAGAGGCUCUGAACAAAGUAAAGGAUGUAGAAGCCAAGAGCUUUAUUGAGAAGUGCAUUGCGCAGCCAAAUGCUAGACCUUCUGCAGCUGAGCUGCUUCGUGACCCAUUCUUCGAUGGGAUAGUAGAUGAUGACGAAGAAGGAGAAAACAAUGAAAAUAAUGGAACUGGUCGUAUUGUUUCUUGAUGAUUGGGAUACAAAUGACAUGUAGUUUGUUUCUUGUUGUCUUAUGAGUUCGAGUCUAUGUUACAGUUUGGGAGAAGGCAUUGUUUAGUUUUUUUUUUUCUCCUUUCAUAUCUUUUUCAUUUUGUUUGUUUGUACAUAACUGUUUGAUUCGACAUGGAAAUUACACAGUUGUUUUUCCUAUUAGUUUAUAACUGAUUCCAAACAUGAGACAGAGCGGA